CUCCGUUAGGAUCGGUCUGGGUUUUGGUUAAAAUUUCGAGGGGUUUUUGCCUUUUUGGGGAAGACGAAAUUAGGGUUUUGUUCGGCGAAGAUGCAGCAGUCUCCGCAAAUGUUUCCGAUGGUUCCUCCGAUUCCCCCUACUAACAACAUCACUACCGAACAGAUCCAAAAGUACCUUGAUGAGAACAAGAAGCUGAUAAUGGCCAUCAUGGAAAAUCAGAAUCUUGGAAAACUUGCUGAGUGUGCCCAGUACCAAGCUCUUCUCCAGAAGAACUUGAUGUAUCUUGCUGCAAUUGCUGAUGCUCAACCCCCACCACCUACACAAGGAGCUGCACCAUCUCCAGCUAUGGCUUCCCAGAUGACAACACCGCAUCCUGGGAUGCAACCACCUAGCUACUUCAUGCAACACCCACAAGCUUCAGGAAUGGGUCAACAAGCAUCACCCGCAGGGCUUUUCCCUCCACGAGGUCCUUUACAGUUUGGUAGCCCACACCAGCUUCAGGAUCCGCAGCAGCAGCAGAUACAUCAGCAAGCUAUGCAAGGACACAUGGGGAUUAGACCAAUGGGUAUGAACAACAACGGGAUGCAGCAUGCGAUGCAACAACCAGACACCGGUCUUGGAGGGAACGUGGGGCUUAGAGGAGGAAAGCAAGAUGGAGCAGAUGGACAAGGAAAAGAUGAUGGCAAGUGAAAGGAUCCAAAGAAGCUUUGUUUUGUUGAUAUUUAGGACUUCUGAGUCUCGUAAGGGUUUUGCAAUAGCUUAUUUGAGUGUUUAACAGAAGAUAGACUGUGGAAUAGUUCCGCAAACCGUGUUGUAAUGUAUUGUU